GGAAGGCUCUGCCCUUUCCCAAGGUGGCGGCCGCCUGGCUUCACCCCGCCGCGAACUCCGGUGCCGCCGGCUCCUCCCCCGUGCCAGUUCCAGACAUGGCGGCCAUGAGCCUCCUGCUCCGGGUGGCCGCUGCCUGGGGAGCACGGCGGGCGGCGAGCGGUGCUUCGGGCAGCGCUCUCCUCCCGGGGCUCGCCGGGGCCGCCCGGCUUCCCGGCACCGUCGUUCCUGUGCGGCACAGCAGUGGCCAUGGGAAGAGAAUGUUUAUUAUCAAGGCAACAAGCUUUUAUGAUACUCGAUUUCUGAACUUACUGAGAUUCUAUAUAUUUCUGACGGGAAUACCAGUGAUACUAUUCGUAACUUAUGUCAACAUCUUCAUUGGUGAAGCUGAACUUGCAGAGAUUCCUGAAGGUUACGUUCCGGAGUACUGGGAAUACUACAAACACCCUAUAAGUCGCUGGAUAGCGCGUUACCUCCUUGACCCCCCUGAAAAGAACUAUGAGAAGGAGAUGGCUAUGCUCGAUGUUGAAGCCAAGAAAACUCAGAUGAGGCUGCUGGAGCUGGAGGCACGCAGACUGAUGAGACAAAGGGGAGAUGGACCUUGGUAUCAUUAUGAAACACCUGAUAAAAAUCUUAUUGACAAUUCUAUGAAAGCCACACCUGACAAUUAACAGUUUUAAGAAAGUAUGCAUUGUCCUAAAUGCAUACCAACAAACUGUGGCUGGGCUAUGUAAUUUACAUCCUGCUGUUUGCUGAUGGAAAUUUAUAAACACAAACAAUGUUUGUCUUGAUUCCAGUAAUUGAAAAGCAACUGUGUGGCAGUUAAAGUCAUGAAGUUAUUAAAGUUGUUAAUCAGAGAAAAUGCCGUA